GGAGAACCUGGUAAGAAUGGUGCAAAGGGAGAUCCAGGCCCAAAAGGCGAGCGUGGUGAAAAUGGCACACCAGGUGCUCCUGGACCUCCUGGUGAGGAAGGCAAAAGAGGUGCAAAUGGUGAACCCGGCCAGAAUGGCGUACCUGGUACUCCUGGAGAAAGGGGCUCCCCCGGUUUCCGUGGCUUACCCGGUAGCAAUGGACUUCCAGGUGAAAAGGGUCCUGCAGGUGAACGUGGUAGCCCAGGUGCUCCUGGCCCAAGUGGACCCGCAGGAGAGCGUGGACAAGAUGGAGGCCCAGGUCUUCCCGGAAUGAGAGGUUUGCCUGGAAUUCCAGGAAGCCCUGGAAGUGAUGGGAAACCUGGCCCUCCGGGUAGUCAAGGUGAAUCUGGCCGUUCUGGUCCACCUGGCCCUCCAGGCCCACGUGGUCAACCAGGUGUAAUGGGUUUCCCAGGUCCUAAGGGCAAUGAGGGUGCACCGGGUAAGAAUGGGGAAAGAGGCCCUGGUGGACCGCCUGGAACACCUGGUCCUGCUGGCAAGAAUGGUGAUGUUGGCCUCCCGGGUCCUCCUGGACCUACUGGUGCUUCUGGGGAGAGAGGAGAACCAGGACCAUCAGGUCCACCUGGCCUCCAGGGAUUGCCUGGUGGACCAGGACCAGCUGGAGAGAAUGGAAAGCCUGGAGAACCAGGGCCAAAAGGUGAUAUUGGCGGACCCGGAUUCCCAGGCCCUAAGGGUGAAAAUGGUAUCCCAGGUGAACGUGGUGCACAGGGUCCUCCAGGACCUCCUGGAACAAGAGGUGGGCCAGGUCCUGCUGGCUCAGAAGGUGCCAAGGGUCCUCCUGGACCCCCUGGUGCCGCUGGAGGCACAGGGCUGCCUGGCUUACAGGGAAUGCCAGGAGAAAGAGGAGCUUCUGGAAGUCCUGGACCAAAAGGGGAUAAGGGAGAACCUGGUGGCAAAGGUGCUGAUGGUAUUCCUGGUGCAAGAGGAGAGAGAGGUAAUGUAGGUCCCAUCGGUCCUCCUGGUCCUGCCGGCCCACCCGGAGAUAAGGGGGAGACUGGUCCAGCAGGUGCCCCAGGUCCAGUGGGUUCCCGUGGUGGUCCUGGUGAACGAGGAGAACAAGGUCUUCCUGGACCUGCUGGCUUCCCUGGAGCUCCAGGCCAAAAUGGGGAACCUGGUGGGAAAGGAGAAAGAGGCCCACCUGGUCUAAGAGGAGAGGCUGGACCCCCUGGAGCUGCAGGUCCACAAGGUGGUCCUGGUGCACCAGGUCCACCGGGUCCGCAAGGAACAAAAGGAGAACGUGGAUCUCCUGGAGGCCCAGGUGCUGCUGGUUUCCCUGGUGGUCGUGGUCCACCUGGUCCCCCUGGUAGCAAUGGUAGUCCAGGUCCCCCUGGUAACACAGGGCCUGCCGGCAAGGAUGGGCCUCCCGGACCUCCUGGUAGCGCUGGUUCUCCUGGCAGUACAGGACCUGCUGGAACAAGAGGUGAGCCCGGCUCACCAGGCGAAAAAGGGCCACCAGGCACACGAGGAGAAAGGGGGGCACCAGGAGAACCAGGUCCUCAAGGCAUCGUUGGUGGCCGGGGUAACACAGGCUUGCCAGGUCUGCGUGGCCCAAGUGGUCCACCCGGUAUGGCGGGUGCCAAGGGUGAAGACGGUAAACCAGGCACCAAUGGUAUCCCAGGAGAACGCGGUGCUCCUGGUCCACAAGGUCCUAUUGGACAAAGAGGCUUACCUGGAGAGCCUGGCAGAGAUGGUAACCCUGGCUCAGAUGGCUUGCCUGGACGUGAUGGAUCCCCAGGAGGCAAAGGUGACCGUGGAGAAAGUGGCUCUCCUGGCUCUCCGGGACCUCCUGGUCACCCUGGACCUGCAGGUAACGUUGGUGCACCUGGAAAAGCUGGUGAAAGAGGAUUUCAGGGUCCACCUGGCCCUCCUGGCUCUGCUGGUCCUGCUGGUGCUCGAGGUCCUGCUGGUCCUCAAGGUCCUCGUGGCGAUAAAGGUGAAACUGGUGAAAGAGGCAGCAAUGGCAUAAAGGGUCACAGAGGAUUUCCUGGUACCCCUGGUCUCCCUGGUCCUCCUGGUCCCUUGGGUCCACAAGGAGCAAUUGGAAGUCCAGGAGCUUCAGGUGCAAGGGGUCCCCCAGGAGCAGCUGGACCACCUGGAAAAGAUGGUACAAGUGGCUAUCCGGGUCCAAUUGGUCCUCCUGGCCCUCGCGGUAACAGAGGUGAAAGUGGCCCUGCAGGUCCACCAGGCCAGCCUGGUCUUCCUGGUCCUUCUGGUCCUCCUGGUCCAUGUUGUGGUGGUGCAGCUGCCCUGGGUGCUGGUGAAAAAGGUCCAGUGGGCUAUGGGUAUGAAUAUCGAGAUGAGCCAAAAGAAAAUGAUAUCAAUCUGGGUGACAUCAUAUCUUCAAUGAAAUCAAUUAACAACCAGAUUGAAAACAUCAUUAGUCCUGAUGGGUCACGGAAGAAUCCAGCUCGUAACUGUAGAGAUCUGAAAUUCUGCCAUCCUGAGCUCAAGAGUGGAGAGUACUGGGUUGAUCCUAACCAAGGCUGCAAGAUGGAUGCUAUUAAAGUAUACUGUAAUAUGGAAACUGGUGAAACAUGCCUCAAUGCUAACCCCAGCACUGUGCCAAGGAAAAACUGGUGGACUAGUGAAAGCAGUGGAAGGAAACAUGUUUGGUUUGGAGAAUCUAUGAAUGGAGGCUUCCAGUUCAGCUAUGGAGAUCCUGAGCUUCCAGAGGAUGUCUCAGAAGUUCAGCUGGCCUUCCUCCGCAUCCUCUCCAGCCGUGCCUCCCAGAACAUCACCUUCCAUUGCAAGAACAGCAUUGCCUACAUGGAUCAAGCCAGUGGAAAUGUUAAAAAAGCUCUGAAACUGAUGAGCUCUGUGGAAAGUGAGAUCAAGGCUGAAGGAAACAGCAAAUUCACAUAUGCUGUUCUGGAAGAUGGCUGUACUAAACACACUGGUGAAUGGGGUAAAACAGUCUUUGAAUACAGAACGCGCAAGACAAUGAGGUUGCCUGUGAUUGAUAUUGCACCCAUAGAUAUUGGUGGUCCUGAUCAGGAAUUUGGCGUGGACAUUGGCCCGGUCUGCUUCUUAUAAAUCAAAGAUCCUGCUCUUUCUGAAACCCCAGCAAACAGAUUCACACUCCAACUGUGCUCCUUUGUUUUAGCCUUGUCAUCUAGUACAGGUGACCGUCUGUAUCCCAGUUAUUUAUUAACAAAAUUUCUGGGGGAAAAAUCAAUUUGAUAUCAAGGGUUAUUUUUUUCGCUAUUACACAAAGUACAGUAAAAAUGCUUUUUUUGCUCUAUUUUUUUUACCAAAUUCCAUCUUCAAAACAUGUCUCCGUGGUGCUAUAAUACAACUUCAACACUUAAUAAAACAACACUGUGUUCUAUUAGUUGAAUGUUAGCCAAUUUACAAAGCACUGAUUGCUCCCAGUACCAAAGUUUACCCUUCUUUCUAAGAUGCAGUCCAUAAAGCUAGAAAGACCUCCCUGUUUCAACUACCUCAACAUGGACAGAAACUGGGAUGUGUCUGAUGAGUCAUACCAAAAAUCAAUCAAACAAAUUAAUCAAAAGACAUUGGACCCAUUGGUCAAUUCAGUGGAAUCAUUUGGUACAAAAUUGUCUAUUUCUGUACUGAUUAGCUGUGAAAAAGUACAGUGUAUUUUAAGAGUUUAAUACCUUAAUGUCGGUAGUCACCAUAAUUUUAUUGUUGGAUUGUAUUCUGUUAUCAAAGGUGCUUCUCUACUUUCCUGUCAUUGCUGGUCAAGACCACUAAAAUUAGGGAAGUGUAAAAGACUAAUAUGAUGGUGCUAAUGUAUUUUUCACUCCUAACUCUGCAAGUCAGGGUUAUUGACUUGCUUUAAAAAAAAAAAAAAAAAGGAUUUAAAGCAAUUGUAAAUGUCUCCUGUCAAAGAUCGUCAUUGGCAUGUCAUAGUUGAGAACUUUCUCCCUUCACUCUGUAAAAGUCAAUAAAGAUGCAAAAUUGUGAACUACUUCUGUCACGUUAACACAUUUAUAGUGUUGAAGGUUAACCAUCUUUGUAAGCUUUUAUAUGGUUGUUGGUCUAUUCCUUACAGAGACACAUAAUAAAAUAUCUUAAUAAAACUCCUUGUUGUUUCAUAAAA